AUGUGCGAAGAGUUGAUGCCUAAAUAUAUCAAAUGGCCACAGGGUGAACAUGUAUCUGAAGUUGUGAAAGGAUUUAAAGCACUUAAACAUUUUCCUGGUGUGAUAGGCGCCAUAGACUGCAGUCAAAUCCAAAUAAAAACACCCAAAUAUUGCCCAGAAAAUUAUAUUAACCGAAAGUCCUUCCCGUCUGUAAAUUUACAGGCUGUGUGUGAUUCAAACAUGAACAUAUUGGAUGUCCAUAGUGGUUGGCCAGGUUCUGUCCACGACUCAAGAGUGUUCAAAAACAGUAAUCUGUAUCAUCGGAUUCAGAAUGACCCUGAUCAGGUGUUUCCGCACAAUACCCAUUUGAUAGGAGAUGCUGCGUUUGGUCUUGAGACAUGGAUGAUGACGCCAUUCAAAGAUUACGGCAAUCUUCAGGCAAGACAACGUUGCUAUAAUUACCUACAGAGCAGUACAAGGAUGGUGAUUGAGCGUACCUUUGGGGCAUUAAAGGGAAGAUUCCGUAGCUUGAAAUAUCUAGAUAUGCAGAACGAGAGAAUAGUUAAGGUGAUUCUGAGUUAUUGUGUACUUCAUCAACUUUGUCUUAAACAUGGUGAUGACGGUACCCAAUACAUUGAGGAGGGCAUCGAAGAAGACACAAAUGCUUCUGUGGAAGUUAUGAAUGGAGCCACCAACGCAGAGGAAAAAAGAACAAUCAUUGUUCAAAAUCUUUAA